UAAUACUAAUGCAUUGCGUGUACAGCAUAUGUAAAACCAUUAGACACAACAAAACUAUUGAUUAGCCGAUAAUUGUUGGACACAUCCGACGACUAGAACAGCAAUUUCCCGCCGCCAAUGGACAACAAUCGACGAAACAGUGGCCAUCACGACAGCGGUGACGGUGGUCACCGGGAAACGAGUUCACCCGCAGUAUCUGGCCAUAAACACCACUACCGAUAUAACGCCAAUUAUUGGUUACGUAACCGAAAACCUGUCGACUAUUCUGAAAACAACAUUAAGAUAGAGCCGGCCAUCGGCUCCACCGCCGCAAAUCAACCGGUGGCCACAUUAAGCCGUAACGAUAUUUUGGUCAAAUUGCCGAUUGAGAAAAGGCACGCCAUUAUCGAGUUGACCAUCGCUUGUGUUGAAUCACCUAAACGUAACCAUAGGGUAGUUGUCAACAUAUUUCAGACCAAAAAUGUUACCAAUGAUGACAACAAUAAAGACAAUAAUUUACCGCAAGUUGUCGACAAACUGAUAAUCAGUCAGCCAAUGGUUUUUUAA